UCCCUCGGCAUCUCCGUGCGCUCCGGCAGCGCCAAGGUGGCCUUCUCCGCCACGCGGAGCACCAACCAUGAGCCGUCGGAGAUGAGCAACCGCACCAUGACCAUCUAUUUCGACCAGGUAUUAGUAAAUAUUGGCAAUCAUUUUGAUCUUGCCUCCAGUAUAUUUGUAGCACCGAGGAAAGGAAUUUAUAGCUUCAGCUUCCAUGUGGUCAAAGUGUAUAACAGACAAACCAUCCAGGUCAGUUUAAUGCAGAACGGCUACCCAGUGAUCUCAGCAUUUGCAGGAGACCAGGAUGUUACCAGAGAAGCUGCCAGCAAUGGCGUCCUGCUGCUAAUGGAAAGGGAAGACAAAGUGCAUCUCAAACUGGAGAGGGGCAACCUCAUGGGGGGAUGGAAAUAUUCCACAUUCUCGGGCUUCUUGGUUUUUCCUCUAUAAACACAGAGCCCCCUGGAUGAUGGGGAAAUUGCAAUCUGGACCCAGGAAUCCACCCUUCCAAACACCCCGAACUUGCUGGAAUAGGACAACUUGGUUCCAACCUCCGUCAGACUGUUGCAGUAGAAAAAUGAUUUCCUUCUAAACCUCCAGUUUUGUUUUUUGGUUUUUUUUGUUUUUGUUUUUGUUUUUUUGAAUAUUGACAAUUCCUCGGGAACCUGGCCUCUAAUUAGUUUUAGAUGACAAGGUCUUAAGGAGAAAUGCAAUUAUCAAUUUGAGCAAUUUGUACCUGUGAUUGUAAAGUCAAUAUCGGAUUUUAUUGUUGGGACCAUUGACUUAACUUCUUUUGUUUGUACGUUGUAUUUGUUGUCCCAAUUCAAGGAGUGCUGCUGACUCCAGGAUGGAUUGCAGUUGCACUCAGGACUCAAAGCAAGAGCUCAGUAAAGAACCACCCGCUGGACAGUCCUUGACAUGUGUUCUGUGUGUGUCUGUAUAGCCUUAAGAAAAUGAACGACUUCGCUUUCAUUCUGUAUUUUCCUUCCCACCAUGUGGAUGGGAGGAAUUGGGAGGGGGAUGGGGAUAUUGUGAACCUGUCAAGAAGUGCUUUAUCCAGAGAAGCAAAUUUUGCACGAUUGGACUGCAACUUUUGUUUUGUAUUGUUUGUGUUUUUUCUUGAAAAGCUUUACUUUUCUUUCCAUACUCAGCUCUCCCUCUUCGACCUCAUUUUUAUUUUUCUUGCUGGGGUUGGGGAGAGAAAAAUGUAUGUUGAAUUUAUAGUUAAGAUCAAACAAAACAAAACAAUAAAGUACUUGUAUAUUUUAUUUUGGACGAGACCAAAUCAAACAAAAAUAUCUGUUUAUCCAAGUAAAAAUAACAAAGGGACAAUUCCCUUUAUUCUUUCAAAGGGAUUCUAAGAUGCAUCAUUAGAACUAGCAACCUGGAUUUUUUUAUUCUUAAUUUAUAUUCUGGAAUCCUUUAAGAGCCCGGUGUUCCUCGGUGGUCCUGAAUCAUAUAAGUUGGAAGUGGAAGCUGUAAUGACCAAAUCCCCCAAUACACUGUUCUUUCCGAGUGUACCUUGACUUCUCAGCAUGUGUUUUAAUUUGUUUGGAUCCACCUCUGAGUGAGUGCACAGUGAUCAGUCGCAUCAAAGUCAACAGGUCCAGCUCCUUCUCGUGGGAUCCUCUUUUGAUCUGCCAAGGAAAGGGAGGCGAUGAUACUCUCCUAUGUGCACCUGGCAGGAAGCCACCUGGAAGCCACAGCAGUUAAAGGUACUGGCUGAGGCACCCUGGGAGCAGUUUUACAAAUCCUUCUUGUUUUGGCAUCUUGUACAACAAUAUUAUUAAGACACAGCUGAGAGUUGAUGGGUGCGGUAUUCAUAUGCCAAGGAUAUGUCACUAAUCCCAAAGCAAUCAAAGAUGAGACCUCAAACCGGAUGUUAAUUUGUUCUUUGUGUAGCAAUGUAACCAAAAUAUUGAUGAUAAAAAGUCAUAAUUUAAGAUUCAGAAUAAAUGGGUUUGAUGUCUG